UGUCGAAAUUAUAAAAACAAAUUUGGGUGCUACUUUGGUAUGAGAUCCCAGUGGUUGUGGGAUUUUAGUUAGAGUUUGGAAAUUGAAUUCUACAAGAAUGUCUUUAUGGGAUUGAGACGGAAGCUGCCAUAAGAUGUUCAUGUACCGGUGACACUAUUUCAGUUUUAUUGGAGAUGAGAAAUCACCCCCAAAUUCUGUCCAUAACGUAUGCACGGUGAUUGCCCACUACAAACGCCUAAAAUAACUCACCAGACUAUAUUUAAUCGUUGGUCAAUUAAAUAAAUAUGUGAGGUUACAGAUUACGGCCUUCAAAACGCACUACACAAAACUGAUUUUUGUGCAGUUUUUUUCUGGCAACCUAUAUGACACCUCAACAAUGGUUAACGAAAAUAGAUAGCCUACCAUUCGCUGGUAUUCUGACUUACGGCAGUCAUUAAAAAAAUGAAUAUCAGGGCAGGAAGCGUCUAUGUCUUUGUUGGAAUGAUAGUGUACACCUGUUCAGGCUUAGCAAGUUGGUCGAUUGGCAUGGUGGUAUGUUUUGUUGCUUGGUACUGGCACCACUACCACACUAAUUACGGGAAGCUACCAUUAGUUAUUUGCAACAACUGGACGAGACUUGGCAAAUUUUUAGAUAAUCAUGUGCCGACUUUGAAACGACCUUACAUGCCAGUAUAUUGGUUUGCUGAGUCCAGGGCACAGACGAUCAUACGGUACUUUCUACCUUCUCGUAGCAAUUUAAAAUGGGAAAGAGAGAUUCUAAAAGAACAUGAUGGUGGCUUGUUCGGUGUCGAUUGGUGUUGCAAUAAUGGCAGUGAACGAUUUCCCGAUCAUACUACCAGGCCAACAGUCAUCAUCAUACCGGGUUUAACCUCGACAACGGAAUCGGGAUAUGUUCAAUCUAUUGCUCGUUGCUUAGCAAACCAGGGAUUUCGAAUAGCUGUUCUUAUUUACAGAGGACUGGAAGACAUGGAACUCAAGACACCCAGGACAUAUUGUGCAACUCAUACAGCAGAUUUAGAACGACUUGUGGAAGUCUUCAAGGAACGAUAUCCAGAAUCUAAGCUUUAUGCAAUCGGUGCGUCGCUUGGAUCAUUGAUACUCGGAAGAUACAUGAGUGAAAAAAGGGAUAACAUCGUUAUUGACGCUGGAAUGCUGUUCUGUUGCCCGUUCCACCCUCCUACGUGCAUGGACGAACUUGAACUAUGGAGUAAUAAAUUUAUUUUAAACACAAAAGUGACGGAAGGCGUGAAAGAGACGAUGUACCGACGUCAUUGCCACGUUUUUGGAUCCGUUAUUGAUCACGAGAAAGUAGAAAAAUCUUCAUUUCUGCGCGAGUUCGAUAGUUAUUUUACAGCACCGAUAUUUGGAUAUAAAGAUACAGAGGAGUAUUAUAAUGAUUCGUCAUUAGAUGCAGAUAAACUGAAUGCUAUAGCACGGCCUGUACUUUGCGUGGGAUCGAAUGAUGACCCUUUUUCGCCGGAGAGAGGUUUACCAAAGGAGGAAAUUGCGCAAACUGAAAAUGUUGCUCUUGUGAUGACGUACGGUGGAGGACAUGUCAGUCACCUUGAAGGAUGGAAUCCACUUUCAAAGAGUUAUUUUGAGAAAGUAAUGAUGGAAUAUUUCGAUGCAAUGGUGGAGGGAAAUUAUUAAUUCGGGCCAUCUUGUAUACAGUAUUUUAAAUAUUGCUUCAAAAGUUGACAUUUACAACAACGAACUUUUUCCCUAUUUAUUCACUAUAGAGCAGUGGUCUCAAACUUGUUAAGCCGCGCCCCCUUUUUAGAAUUUGUCAAGUCUCGCGCCCCACGUUGAAAAUACGUGGAUGUAACGUAAAUAUGUAAAAUAACGAAAUGUAAAUAUCCAAAAUAAGGCGGCCAAAAUCUAACAAAUAUUUUAUUUUUAAUUAGAUUCAGGCCCCCUCAAAAAUUGUCUACCCCACCCCCCAUUGUGGGGCGCGUCCCACCGUGUGAGCACCACUGCUCUAGAACCUAACUAAACUUGCUUUAGAAUUCCAAAACAAGCGAAUUUAUGGAGUUUUUAGAACUCUUGGUACUUCGAUAAAUUUAAAUUUUUAAGUCAUUUAAAAAUAUUAUAUCAUGCUGUUUCCCGGUACUUCAGAACUCAUUUGAAAUAGUUAAAUAUAGUUGAUUGUAUUACAUAAAAUAUAGAUUAUUACUGAUUUUGCAAAAUUGACUGGAGAAGUUUGUGAG